GCCUGGGGCCUGCUGCUCCGGAUCCCGGGGGCGUGCCGGCUCCUCCCUAAGAAGGCUGGACGAGGCGGGCUGGGGGCGGAGCUCCCAGCCUGGGUCCGGGCUCCUUCCCGAAGCACGCUCAGAAGCGCGCCGGGCUCCUGAGAAGCGUCUAAGGCGAAACCGAAGCCCUCGCGGUCCACAGCGCCAUGAGCCAAGACGCGGAGGUGGACAUGAAGGAGGUGGAGCUCAACGAGCUGGAGCCCGAGAAGCAGCCCAUGAAUGCGGCCGCCCCGCCGCCCGCCGCCCCGGGGGGAGAGAAGAACGGCGUGGUCAAGGUCAAGGUGGCCGACGACGAGGCCGACGCCGCGGCCGCGGCCGCAGCCAAGUUCACGGGCCUGUCCAAGGAGGAGCUGCUCAAGGUGGCCGGGAGCCCCGCCUGGGUGCGCACCCGCUGGGCCCUGCUGCUGCUCUUCUGGCUGGGCUGGCUGGGCAUGCUGGCCGGCGCCGUGGUCAUCAUCGUGCAGGCGCCCCGCUGCCGCGAGCUGCCCGUCCAGCGCUGGUGGCACCAGGGGGCCCUGUACCGCAUCAGUGCCCUGAAGGCCUUCCAGGGCUCGGCCGCCGUCGACGCCGCCGGGAGUCUGGCGGGGGUGCAGGCACAUCUUGAUCACCUGAGCAACAUCAAGGUGAAGGCGCUGGUAUUGGGGCCCAUCCACAAGAACCUUAAAGAUGACCUUGCUGGGACAAGCCUGGUGCAGAUCGACCCCACUGUUGGCUCCUUGGAAGAGUUCACCCAGUUCUUGGAAGCAGCCAAGAAAAAGAACAUCCAGAUUAUCCUAGAUCUCACGCCCAACUACCGAAGUCAGAACAGCUGGUUUCUGCCCGAACAACAGGAAGAAGUGAACGAGAAGAUGAAGGAAGCCCUGAACUUUUGGCUGAAGGCCGGUGUGAAUGGGAUUCAGGUCCAUGAUGUCCAGAACCUGACAGAUGCUGCUUUUGUCCUGGUGGAGUGGAAAAAUCUCACUCACAGCAUCAGUGAGGACAGGGUCCUGAUUGCAGGCACAGAAGCCUCAGACCUCCAUGAUAUCAUGAGCCUGCUGAAUGAUACUGACCUUCUGAGCAGCUCUUAUCUGGAAGACUUCUCCAGCAGAAGCUCCUCAGGGAAAGAGCUCCAGGAUUUGGUCACCAGCUACCUGAGCGCUGCUGGGAACCACUGGUGCAGCUGGACAUAUUCUCAGGUUGGCCACUUGACCUCCUAUGUGCCUACCCAUCUUCUCCAUCUCUAUCACCUGUUGCUGUUCACACUUCCUGGGACACCUAUUUUUAGUUAUGGGGAUGAAAUUGGCUUGCAGACGGUCACCCUCCCUGGACAGCCGGCCGAAGCCCCUGUCAUGCUUUGGGAUGAAAAAACCCUUGGACCUUCUGUGUCCUUAAACCCCAAUGUAACUGUCAAGGGUCAGAAGGAUGACGCCCAAUCCCUCAUGUCUCUGUUCCGCAAACUGAGUGACAGCCGAGGGAAGGAGCGGUCCUUGCUGCAUGGAGACUUUGUGGUUCUGCCCACCAAUGAUGACCUCUUUGCCUAUGUGCGCUACUGGGACCAGAAUGAGCGCUUCCUUGUGGUGCUCAAUCUGGGUCCCACGGCCCAUGAGGCCGAGCUGAAGAUGCCGCCUGUGUCCAGCGGCCAGAAGCUGGAGCUACCUGAGAAGGCGGCCCUGAUGCUCAGCACCCAGAGGGGCUCCCAGGAUGGGGGCCUGCUGCCCCUGCACAAGCUGCAUGUGGCCUCUGGAGAGGGGCUGCUACUCAAGUUCCCCUAUGUGGCCUAAGCUGCCCUUGGGCCCCCUCUCCCCUUGGGUCUUUGUAUUUGUGUGGGGGGGUUGGCAGGGCUGGGGGGGCGGGGGUUUUUUUACUGUUGAAGAUGCCCUGUGAUGAAGCCUUUAGCUGUAUAUUAAAACAAUAGUGAUGAGCA